AUGGCCUCUGGCAAGGUCUGGAAUGCGCCGUGGUCUGAGAAGGGAAAAAUGGAAUACGAGACCCCCAUUACAUCGGCGCAGGUGCCCGAGGAUGAUCACGACUAUGAGAAAUAUGGCGCCAAUCGGGACUCCAACCCUAUGCCCGAUUUGAAGCGAAAGCUGAAGAGCAGACACUUGCAAAUGAUUGCCAUUGGUGGAACAAUUGGAACUGGUCUGUUCAUCGGUAGCGGUACUGCCAUCGCGGAUGCGGGCCCCGUAGGCGCUCUCAUUGCAUACAUCUUCGUCGGAACCAUCGUGUACUCGGUCAUGACUGCCCUGGGAGAAAUCGCGACGUAUAUGCCCAUCCCCGGUGCCUUUACUGCCUAUGCGACGCGAUUUGUGGAUCCCAGCUUGGGUUUUGCCAUGGGCUGGAUCUAUUGGUUCUCCUGGGCCUCGACCUUUGCUCUCGAACUCACGGCCACUGGUCUGAUCAUUCAAUUCUGGGAUAGCACCAUCCCCAUCGCUAUCUUCAUCGCAAUUUUCUGGGUCCUGAUUAUUGUCUUCAACAUGUUCCCCGUCAGCUUCUAUGGUGAGCUCGAGUUCUGGUUUUCCAGCAUCAAGGUUCUGACCGUGAUUGGUUUCAUGAUCUUCGCCAUUUGCGUCGAUGCGGGCGUAGGAACGCAGGGAUACCUCGGUUUCCGGUACUGGGUCCACCCCGGUCCCUUCGUUGCUUAUAUGGUUGAUGAAAUCGGUGGUAAAACGCCCGUGGCCAAAUUCAUUGGCUUCUGGUCCGUUUUGAUCCAGGCUGGAUUCUCCUACCAGGGUACUGAGUUGGUCGGUAUCGCAGCUGGUGAGACCGAAAAUCCUCGCAAGACCGUCCCCUCGGCGAUCCGCAAGACCUUCUUCCGUAUUAUCUUCUUCUUUGUCUUGACCAUUUUCUUCAUUGGCAUCGUCGUGCCUUCCGAUAAUCCGGGUCUUCUGGCGAGUGAGGGCAGCGGAGCCAGUGCUAGUAACGCCAAUGCCUCCCCAUUUGUGAUUGCGGCCCGACUUGCUGGAAUCAAGGCGCUUCCCAGCAUUAUCAACGCCGUUCUGCUCACAGUGGUUCUCUCGGCGGCCAACUCGAACGUCUACAGCGGUAGUCGUAUCAUCGUUGGUUUGGCGCAGGAGGGUUUCGCGCCGCGCUUCUUCAAGAAAACCACCAAGGGUGGCGUGCCCUAUUAUGCAGUGGGCUUCACCGCUCUGUUCGGCCUUUUGGGUUUCCUGAAUGUGUCGGACGCGGGAUCCACCGUAUUCAACUGGUUGCUCCAGAUCGCCGGUGUGGCUGGCUUCAUCACCUGGGCCUCAUUGAACCUUUGUCACCUUGCCUUCAUGCGGGCCCUCAAGGCGCGUAACAUCUCCCGUGAUGUACUGCCGUACAAGGCGAUGUGGCAACCGUACUACUCGUGGUAUGGACUGUUCUUCAACAUCUUGAUUAUCUUCACUCAAGGAUUUACCGCAUUUAUCCCGAACUUCCAGGUUAAGGAAUUCUUCAUCGACUAUCUGAGUUUGAUCCUGUUCGUGGUCCUCUAUCUAGGCCACAAGCUUAUCUUCCGCCCGCCGUUCGUCAAGCCCCUUGAGGCCGACCUAGACACAGGCCGGCCCAUCUUUGAAAAUGAGACGUGGGAAACAAAUGAGCCCACCACUUGGUAUGGCAAAAUGUGGCUCUGGAUCUCUGGAUAA